UGCAAAACCCAAGAGUCCAAAACCUCACUUUUGGAUUUUUUCCAGAAAACCCAACGGCUCCUUCACUCCCUCUCUCUCUCUCUCUUGGUCCGCAGUUGUUGCAAGCACAAAGACACAACAAAAAAAGCAUUGUCUUUCUAAGAUAAUAAGGAUUAAGGAGGAGAUGAGGAAGAGAUGGCGACUGGUGGUGGUAGUCAGGUGGUGAAAGUGAAGAGGGUGACAAUCGAGGCAUGUUUGAAGUGCGGUCUUUGUAAUAAGGUGUCGGAGGAGGCUAUAACCAUUUCACUUUGCCUCCAUACGUUUUGCAUGCAGUGUAUCUUCCAAAAACUGUCGGAUGAGGAGUAUGACCAAUGUCCCGUUUGCGAUACUCAUCUCGGUAAUUUGCCUGUGACAACACUCAGGCUUCCGCCCUCGUCAACUAUGUUACCCACAUUGACUGGUCCCUACUCGAUCAACUCCCCGGCGAGCGCGGUGGCUCCAUUCUUGUUGAAAUUGAAACUUACGAUGUUGAAGCAGAUGAGAAGCUCACAGGAUGCAUCAAGACCAGAUCUUUCUCUCCCUUUCUCUACAAGCUCACAGGAGUGAGAAGCAGCUGAGAAACCAAAUCUCUCUCUCUCGGUCUCUGCUCAGCUGGUUCACCCAUCACACGCCGCCACAACAUGCAGAUUUAGAUAAACGGCCUAGAUUGUCCGACGACGAUGAUGAUCGUGCUGAUGGCGAGGGCGGAGGAAGAUUGCGUUAUUCGAUGGAAGAUCUGCAGUUUGGUGCACCACCACCAUAUGGUGGCACUAGCAUUUACAUGGGUGCCCACAAGGAUGACUGGAUCAUCACACUCGCCCAGUUUGCAGUAGACCAGCGCAAUCACAAAGAACAUGAAACACGGGGUCUACUCUACGGAAAGCAGGCAUGUUUAGUCCCUUAUUCUUCAAAAGCUUCAUCUUUAAUCACCGGGAUAAUGCACAAGACUUCGGCUAUUCGACGACUCGACGAUCCCUUCGAUUUUGGCGUCGGAGAGGUGAUCUGCUCGGAGCUUCGGGACUGGAAUCCUGGUUGUGUAGUUUGAAGCAUGAUUUGUGGC